AUGAGUAAAAAAUUAAUAUUCCUCCUUUUGUUAAAUAUUUUUUUAUAUUGUUAUAGUUUACAUGUGAAAUCAAAAAAAAGUGAUUUAUAUUUAAGUUCACUUCAUGUACGUAAAAUUAAUGAUUCAGAGUUAUUUAUUAAUUAUAAUAAUAAAUCAGUGAUAAUCAAAAUUGAAAAUAAUUUAAAAUCUAAUAAAACAACAUUAAAUAUUUUGGAAGAUAAUUCAACAAGUUUUUUUCCACAAAUUUUAACAACAGUAGUUAAAAAGUAUGAUCAUCAAAAACAAAUCGAAAAUCGUUUAAGUCCUGUUGAUAUUAUAACUAUUGUAGCAAUUGGAUUUUUUAUCUUUUUUACCAUAGUAGUAUGUAAUUAUAAAUGUUAG